CCAAGCCAACGCUCUCGUGGUGUACCGAUUCAGUCGCGCCAAGACCGCAGAGAGGUUCGCACAGCGGCGUUUCGUCUCGAGGGAUUAUCGUUUUAUCAUCCUAACCGCCCGCGCCGUGGCAACAGGUUGACUGAAGCUCGUGAUAAGUAGUUCGUUAGUUGUUUUAUUUUGUCGAUCGAGUGACGACGACGCGAGGCUAGCGAUGUGAACAUUGCGUCUAUUCGUCGUCCCACGUCGUUCGACGCGCGAUAAACUGCAACGACGUCAUUUUCCUGACGGAAUAAAGAAAAGACGGAAGGUCGAUGGAGACUUUGUGUUAGUUCUCCCGUCGCCUGUGUGUCGUUGUUACAAUAACCCUGUGUGAAGUAGUAGCGGCGGCUGUGUGACAAAAACAAACGAGAACAACAACAACACAACGACGACGACGUGAAAUUUGCCUCAAAGUCGACGACCGAGAUCGUCAGUUGUCAUUUGGUUCGCGAUAUGAAAAGAAGAUGUGACCCCAACAACGAAUUGUCGCCGCGUUGUUUCGAUUAACGGCCUCGGGUUUUUAGUUAUUAGGUAAACAAUGACGAAUCAAUGAACCUGGUUUUCCCGGGUGAGAGUUAAAUGAGUUGAAAGAAGUGCGUUCGUUCAAAGAUAAGGUGACAAAGUUUCUCAUCUUCUCACCCUUAUUGACUGAGUGAAAAAACAUAAGAGUAUUGAUUUUUCUUGUGACAGUUGAACACGCGUUAAAUUCGUCAAGAUGUCGCGGCUAAUUCUUCACCUUUUCUUGAUCGUGAAUAUGUUCGGUAAAAUAUUUACAACCCACGGCGUCUGCGAACCGAUAAGAAUCGAGAUGUGUCGCGGUGUCGGUUACAACGUCACCGCAAUGCCGAAUCUCGUUGGUAACGAAAUUCAGGGGGAGGCGGAUUUCACCCUUCAAACUUUCAAUCCCCUGAUACAGUACGGUUGCAGCGCGCAACUUCAUUUGUUCCUGUGUUCGGUUUACGCCCCGAUGUGCACGGAGAAGGUGCCGUCGCCAAUCGGGCCAUGCAGGGGUCUCUGCGAGCAAGUAAGAGCCAGAUGUUACCCGGUACUGCUUGGCUUUGGUUUCCCAUGGCCGGCGGCCCUGAACUGUUCCAAAUUUCCGCCGGAGAACAACCAUCAGCACAUGUGCAUGGAAGGACCGGGGGAACCGGGUCCGGCAAACCCCUUCCAGGCCGUCGGUGACGGAAACGGACCCCUGGGUUGUUCCUGGUACGCAAAGGCCGGACUCUACGUAUUCCUGAAUCGUUCGGGUAGGUGCGCCGCGACUUGCGACGCCGACGUGCUAUGGUCCCAGAAAGACAAGAGACUGACCGAGGCCUGGAUCGCGGCUUCGGCUACGGUCUGUCUGAUCUCGGUUGCGGCCGCGAUUCUCGCCCUUAUCAAGCCCCGGAAACACCGGGCCACGACCUCCGUCGAACGCGCAAUCGCCUGUCUUGCCGUUUGUCACGCGGUGGUCGCCGUCGGUCACGUGGUGCGUCUUGCGGCCGGUAGAUUUGCGGUAGCUUGUACACCGGCACUGCCUCUCCACCCCCAGGAACCGGUGGUUAUAGCCCAGCAGCAUCAUCAGUACCUCACUCAGGAUGGCCUCUCUAAUCCUUACUGCGCACUUGUCUUCCUGCUGCGGUAUUACUUCGGAAACGCUGCGAUUGUUUGGUGGGUCGUCGUCUGCGGAUGGUGGUGCAUCGCUGCUAGAAAAUGGUCCAGAUCCGACGCAUCGGGAGGCAGCGGCGUCGGCGUCGGCGUCGUGCAGGGAAAGAAAUACUACGGAUCGCAUUGGAGCUGCUUCGUCGGCCAACAGAGCACGAGGUCCUUACUGGUCCUGGUGUUGGGUCCUCAGCUUGCGUACCUUUUCUUUGGUCUCUCCUUCCUGAUCGUGGGAUCGGCGACGCUGCUCCUUCCCCGUCCGUCGGUGAGGCUAUCGCCGCUUUUGAGUCCGUUGAACCCAUCGCCGACGACCGCUAGCUCGACGCAUUCUAACACGAGGUCUCAGCUUCACCAGCAGCAUCACACCCUGCACGGUCAGCAGUCACGGGGCGUUCAGAACAGCGUGCAGAACGUCUUCCAGGGGAAGACCGGGCAGCCGUCCUGCGCGACGAUUCUCCAGGCCGACCCAAGGGCACAUCAGAGGGCCCUCCUGACCAGGGUCGGCGUCUUCGCUUGCGGCUAUGCCGCCAUUGUUCUCGCAGUAGCCGGAAUCAAUUUCUACGAAUGGUUGAGCCGCGACUCCUGGCUCAGGGCCCCGGAGCCAUCUACGGCACCAAAGGAGGCCCCGAGACCGAUGAUACAGAUGUUCGUGAUGCGCUCAGUCGCCUCUCUCCUCGCCGGCAUAAUCGCCGCGGCCUGGAUAUGGUGGCCGAACCUCCUUGGCGUAUGGCGAAGGCUUCCGCCGUGCAAACAACCACCCCACAAGUGCCAUCCCGCUCCGGUUGUCAGGUGCUAUAGCACCGGAUCCACCAGCCCGACCCCCCAUCAGAUUCACCACCUCAGUCAUCUCGCGCCCCAGCAUCCAUUGCUGAUGCGUAACGCUCCCGUUGUCAAUAACGGGCAGGUACCGGCGCCCUACAGGGGACACAAAAAACAUCGGAAACACAGGAAACACCACAGCGGUAGCGAGACUCAGGUUUAA